AGACCCCGGGCGCCGGCGGCCCGCGGCGCCCCCUCGCUCUCGGCGCUUGGGGCCGGCGCAGCCCGGGACGAGCGGGGCGCGGGCCUGGGAGGGGAUCUGCCCGCGCGCUCCGUCCCCCUCCCCCCCGGACGGGCGGGCGGCCGGGGGGAGGGAGGGCGGGCGGCGGCGGCCCGCUGUAUAUAUCUCCGCGCACCCCGCCAGGUCGCGCACAGCGCCCCGAGCCCAGGCGCCUCCCCGCCCCCUUCUCGCGCUCCGCGGCGGCAGCAGUAGCAGCAAUAUGGCUGUUGAUGGGUGUUCGGGGUGGUGCCGGCGGCGGGAGGCGCUCCCCCGCGCCCCUGCGCCGGCUGCCCGUUGCUAGCUAUGGCAAAUGGUGGCGGCGGCGGCGGCGGCGGCGGAGGCAGCAGUCUUAGAAUGAGCAGCAAUAUCCACGCGAACCAUCUCAGCCUAGACGCGUCCUCCUCCUCCUCUUCUUCCUCCUCCUCCUCUUCCUCCUCGUCCUCGGUCCACGAGCCCAAGAUGGAUGCGCUCAUCAUCCCGGUGACCAUGGAGGUGCCGUGCGACAGCCGGGGCCAACGCAUGUGGUGGGCUUUCCUGGCCUCCUCCAUGGUGACUUUCUUCGGCGGCCUCUUCAUCAUCUUGCUCUGGAGGACGCUCAAGUACCUGUGGACCGUUUGCUGCCACUGCGGGGGCAAAACGAAGGAGGCCCAGAAGAUUAACAAUGGCUCAAGCCAGGCGGAUGGCACUCUCAAGCCCGUGGAUGAAAAAGAGGAGGCAGUGGCGGCCGAGGUCGGCUGGAUGACCUCCGUGAAAGACUGGGCGGGGGUGAUGAUAUCUGCCCAGACGCUGACCGGCAGAGUCCUGGUUGUCUUAGUCUUUGCUCUCAGCAUUGGUGCACUUGUAAUAUACUUCAUAGAUUCGUCAAACCCAAUAGAAUCCUGCCAGAAUUUCUACAAAGAUUUCACAUUACAGAUCGACAUGGCUUUCAACGUAUUCUUCCUUCUCUACUUUGGCUUGCGGUUUAUUGCAGCCAACGAUAAGCUAUGGUUCUGGCUUGAAGUGAACUCUGUAGUAGAUUUCUUCACGGUCCCCCCUGUGUUCGUGUCUGUAUACUUAAACAGAAGUUGGCUUGGUUUGAGAUUUUUAAGAGCUCUCAGACUGAUCCAGUUUUCAGAAAUUUUACAGUUUCUGAAUAUCCUGAAAACAAGUAAUUCCAUCAAGCUGGUGAAUCUGCUCUCCAUUUUUAUCAGCACGUGGCUCACAGCAGCCGGGUUCAUCCAUUUGGUGGAGAAUUCAGGGGACCCAUGGGAAAAUUUCCAAAACAACCAGGCUCUUACCUACUGGGAAUGUGUCUAUCUGCUCAUGGUGACCAUGUCCACUGUUGGUUACGGGGAUGUUUAUGCAAAAACCACGCUCGGGCGUCUCUUCAUGGUCUUCUUCAUCCUCGGGGGACUGGCCAUGUUUGCCAGCUACGUCCCUGAAAUCAUAGAGUUAAUAGGAAACCGCAAGAAAUACGGGGGCUCCUAUAGUGCGGUUAGUGGAAGAAAGCACAUAGUGGUCUGUGGACACAUCACGCUGGAAAGCGUCUCCAACUUCCUUAAGGACUUUCUGCACAAGGACCGGGACGAUGUCAACGUGGAGAUCGUCUUUCUUCACAAUAUCUCCCCUAACCUGGAGCUGGAAGCCCUGUUCAAACGACAUUUUACUCAGGUGGAGUUUUAUCAGGGUUCAGUCCUCAAUCCACAUGACCUUGCGAGAGUCAAGAUAGAGUCAGCAGAUGCGUGCCUCAUCCUUGCCAAUAAGUACUGCGCAGACCCCGACGCCGAAGAUGCCUCCAACAUCAUGAGAGUCAUCUCCAUAAAGAACUACCACCCGAAGAUAAGAAUCAUCACUCAGAUGCUGCAGUAUCACAAUAAGGCCCAUCUGCUAAACAUCCCGAGCUGGAAUUGGAAAGAGGGGGAUGAUGCAAUCUGCCUCGCAGAGCUGAAGCUGGGGUUCAUCGCCCAGAGUUGCCUGGCUCAAGGGCUCUCCACCAUGCUCGCCAACCUCUUCUCCAUGAGGUCAUUCAUAAAGAUUGAGGAAGACACGUGGCAGAAAUACUACUUGGAAGGAGUCUCAAAUGAAAUGUACACAGAAUAUCUCUCCAGUGCCUUUGUGGGUCUGUCCUUCCCUACUGUUUGUGAGCUGUGUUUUGUGAAGCUCAAGCUUCUCAUGAUAGCCAUUGAGUACAAGUCCGCCAAUCGAGAGAGCCGUAUAUUAAUUAAUCCUGGAAACCAUCUUAAGAUCCAAGAAGGCACUUUAGGAUUUUUCAUCGCAAGUGAUGCCAAAGAAGUUAAAAGGGCAUUUUUUUACUGCAAGGCCUGUCAUGAUGACAUCACGGAUCCCAAAAGGAUAAAAAAAUGCGGCUGCAAACGGCUUGAAGAUGAGCAGCCGUCGACACUGUCACCCAAAAAAAAGCAGCGCAACGGAGGCAUGCGGAACUCACCCAGCUCCUCGCCCAAGCUGAUGAGGCAUGACCCCUUGUUAAUUCCUGGCAAUGAUCAGAUUGACAACAUGGACUCCAAUGUGAAGAAAUAUGACUCUACUGGGAUGUUUCACUGGUGUGCGCCCAAGGAGAUAGAGAAAGUCAUCCUGACCCGAAGUGAAGCUGCCAUGACCGUCCUGAGUGGCCACGUGGUGGUCUGCAUCUUUGGUGAUGUCAGUUCUGCCCUGAUUGGUCUUCGGAACCUGGUGAUGCCACUCCGUGCCAGCAACUUUCACUACCACGAGCUCAAGCACAUUGUGUUUGUGGGUUCCAUCGAGUACCUCAAGCGGGAAUGGGAGACACUACAUAACUUCCCCAAGGUUUCCAUCUUGCCUGGUACGCCAUUAAGUCGGGCUGAUUUAAGGGCCGUCAACAUCAACCUCUGUGACAUGUGCGUUAUCCUGUCAGCCAAUCAGAAUAAUAUUGAUGAUACUUCGCUGCAGGACAAGGAAUGCAUCUUGGCGUCACUCAACAUCAAAUCUAUGCAGUUUGAUGACAGCAUCGGGGUCUUGCAGGCUAAUUCCCAAGGGUUCACACCUCCAGGAAUGGACCGAUCCUCCCCAGAUAACAGCCCGGUACAUGGAAUGUUACGCCAGCCCUCCAUCACGACUGGGGUCAACAUCCCCAUCAUCACUGAACUAGUGAACGAUACUAAUGUUCAGUUUUUGGACCAAGACGAUGACGAUGACCCCGACACAGAACUGUACCUCACGCAGCCGUUUGCAUGUGGGACAGCAUUCGCCGUCAGUGUCCUGGAUUCGCUCAUGAGCGCAACAUACUUCAAUGACAACAUCCUUACCCUGAUACGGACCCUGGUGACUGGAGGAGCCACACCAGAGCUGGAGGCUUUGAUUGCCGAGGAGAAUGCACUGCGCGGGGGCUAUAGCACCCCCCAGACGCUGGCCAACAGGGACCGCUGCCGUGUGGCCCAGUUAGCGCUGCUGGACGGGCCCUUUGCAGACCUGGGGGAUGGUGGUUGUUAUGGUGAUCUGUUCUGCAAAGCUCUGAAAACAUACAAUAUGCUUUGUUUUGGAAUUUAUCGGCUGAGAGAUGCUCACCUCAGCACCCCCAGCCAAUGCACGAAGAGGUAUGUCAUCACCAACCCCCCGUACGAGUUUGAGCUCGUGCCGACGGACCUGAUCUUCUGCUUAAUGCAGUUUGACCACAACGCCGGCCAGUCCCGGGCCAGCCUCUCCCAUUCCUCCCACUCAUCCCAGUCCUCUAGCAAGAAGAGCUCCUCUGUCCACUCCAUCCCAUCCACGGCAAACCGACAGAACCGGCCCAAGUCCCGGGAGUCCCGAGACAAACAGAAUGCAACAAGGAUGAAUAGAAUGGGCCAAGAAAAGAAAUGGUUUACAGAUGAACCGGAUAAUGCCUAUCCCAGAAACAUUCAAAUCAAGCCCAUGAGUACCCACAUGGCUAACCAGAUCAACCAAUAUAAAUCCACAAGCAGCUUGAUUCCACCAAUCAGAGAAGUUGAAGAUGAAUGUUGACUCCCAGGAGACCAGAACUAUUUUUUUUAAAGCCUGACAAACUUCAUAAAUGGUGACGUGACUUUUCUUCCUCUUAACAUGCUUUAUCACUGGUGGAAACGUUAGGAUAAGCAAGAAUUGCAAGAAAAAUAGACAGAUCUUUCUCCUUGUCUGCCUUGAAUAUUGCUUCCAUGUAUUUUGGAAAAGAAAAUGAUUUCAUUUAUAAAUGAACAUACUAAAAUAGUCCUGUAUAGCCUCUAGCAUUUUAAAUUAUUUUUAUUUAUUAGAAAGAAAAUAUAUAUUUUUUCUUUUUUUCUCAUUGUCAAAUAUCUUCCCUAUAUCUAACAAUGCAAAAUCAAAAUGCCUAAGUGGCCAGACUCCUUAAUGCAUACUUCUCUUCUUUAUCUCUUUCUUUGAGGAGAGUGAUGGUCACCACCACAAUUAAUUGUAAUUAAGGAAACUGGAUUAUUAAGGCAAUUUUAAAAUGGCCCAAUAAUGUAAACAUGUAUUUUAGUAAAUUAAAAAAAAAAGACAAAAGGGGGCAGGUGAAUUUCCUGGAUGGACGUGUAUUUUGGCUACACUGACACCAGCUGUUAAUAAAUGGAAACACUUAUUUUCACAUUCAAAAGUCAUAUUUUUGUAGUUUUAGUUUUCAUCCUGUAUUUCUUAUCCUUUUGUUCAUAUAUUUAAAGGGAAGACCUUCUUGCAGCUUUUCUACAAAUGCCAGAUCGGGUUUACCCUGCCAACUAACAAUACCAGGAGGGUUGUGAGCAUGCCUGGGAUGUGGAAGUUGAGGACCAGAUGCACAGAAGACAUUUCUCUGUUUGUUGUUCCAAUGGCGGGGACUCCUACAUGCUGUUAUGCUUCUCAUUUCAUAUCUCCAAACCAACCGAGCAAGUAAUUUCAACUUUGGUAAGGUCUGGUGGACUCUCUCCCUAUCUCCCAAGUCCAGGGCUUUUAGCCUGAAAGUUUGUAAACAUCAAUGAACAGUUCUACUUAACAAUAGGAUGGGAUAACACAUUCAUGAGAUUCACUGAGUUUUUGUGUAAAAGCUAGAAAAGUUUCGUGAUCGAGGAGACGACUUUUGCCCAGAUCUAAAUUUUGCAGGCUUUUCUUUAGUUGCUGGGACAAAACACACAAACUUGUUACAGAAACCUAAAAAAUAAUAACACAAGGACAGCUAUGAAUACACUUAAUACAGACUAUUAGAAAAGGCCUUUAAAAAUUACCAGCGAUGAAAUCCUAUGUAUCAGCCACUUCAAACUGUGGUCAAAAAAGAUUUCUCUAGCCAUCAGACACAAUUCUAAUGUGUCUGAGCUCUAAUGUUUGCAUGCUCAGUGUCACGGCAUCCCAGCAAUUAUUCCAUUCCAAAUGAUUUUCAACUUCAAAAUGAUAAGUCUUUGAUAGAAUCAUCAGGGUCUCUGGAGCAGCAUGAGUAUGAUUUUUAUUUUCUUAAAAAUGUUAAUUGUGGACACUAAAAAAAAAAACUAACCAAAAUAUCCCCUGAAAGUCCCAUGCUAUCUCUUCCAUUAGGCCAUGACCCCAUGGUACAUAGUAUGUUACUGCAAAUCAGAUCAGAGCCAAGCAAUGAAACCAUCAUGAAAACAUGUCCACUAAGUACUCCAAUUACCACCAUAGGCAAAAUGAGCUUCCAACUCUGUCCAGUCCCUGCAGAGCCAAUGUCGUGUUUCCACCUUGUAGGCAUCGUCCUGAAGUGACUUGUCAGACUGUGGUUACCCUGUCGUCACAUUUUGUAGAAUUAGUCCUAUAAAAGUAUUGUGAAUAUAAUGUAUGUCCAAUUGGAUUGUUUAAAAACUACUUAUAACCAAUCACUAGUCUACUCAGCAGACUAAAAUGACGUCAGCAGUCUCUAUUCAGGCUUAUACACAUUUCUUGGUUUCCAACAGAAGUAAAAUGGGUUUGUGGGGGUGAAUCCCUUGCUAAGAUUUGACAGCUUUUCUGAAAGCUAGGCCUUCUUCUAUUAUACAUAAUAAUUUUGCAUUGGGGUCACCUUCAUAUACAUUCUUAGUACAUCAACCCACGCUCUUUUUUCCUUCAUGAACCCUAGUAGGUUACUGAUAACUUGAAAACCAUUUCUGAAUUUGUCUUAACUAUUUGGUCUCCUCUGGCAGGCAGUGAUGGCCACCACCUAAAUGUCCUUCCAUUAGAGAACGUUAGGCCACAAUGUCCUAUGCCCGCUGCCCUCUCUUCCCCAUCUCUCCAAACCGAGGCACAAUGGAAAUGCAAAUUCAAACUCCGUGCUCUUCACAGCUACAGGUUUGAAUAUAAACUUUUUUUUUUUUUUAAUCAAAAUGGUGAAGAUAGUUUCCUAAAGCAAAGGGCUUUCCUUCAAAAACCAGUUGGCAAGAAUCCAUUUCCUUCUAAGGUAGAACAAAGUCAUGCUGUUUUGCCUUUGUUAAUAAUCAAUUGUUAGGGGCAAGGAAACACAACUAUGCAUUUUUUUAAAAGGAAAUCUAUAAAAAUGGCUGGUUGUUGGCUCCUUUGGCAAAAACUCAUACCUGGUAGAUGGCAAAUGAAACAAAAGCAGGAACAAGAUUAUAAGAUCAUUGAAGGGCUUGGAGAAAUGCCAGAGCUUCCUGGUUUGUUUCUAUUUGUUGAGCUCUCUGGCCUAGAGGAAGUCCUUACCACCCUCUGACAGACUCCUCUUCCUGGCUACAUUCAGCAUAGACCAAUGAUGGCUAUCAUUGGUGUAGUCUGUGUUAUAAGGCUCUGAUGUCCCAUCCCACUUUAGGAUUCCAGAAAAACCAUUUUCCCAAAUUAAUAACUCAAGUGCUUUGGGAAUCAGACUCUACAACAGGCUAUUGAAAAAGCAGAAAGCACCUACUUAUAAAAGCAUCAUCAUCAUCUUUUUCAUUAAGAUAACUCUUACUUUCAUCUGAGCAAUUUUGUAUUUUAAAAUAGUCUCGAGCCAAGAUAAAACACCUUCAGUAAAAGUGGUUGUGACUAAGGCAUAGAGGGAACACCCAGAAGCUCUUUCCUUCCAAAGCUUGGGGCAUCUUAUGAUGUACUUUGUAAAAAAUUUAAUUGAGGACUUUAAACAAACAGGGAAUUAGAACUGUUUGGUUAGGGUUAGAAGGGAAGAAAGUGAGAAGGCAUAAGAACAUUGGGGAUGUUUUCAUGUCAAAAAGCAAAAGAGUCCAAGUUUCCUACUUACGGUUUAAUUAUGAUGGUUCAACAAGCUACAUCUGCAGAUAACUAGCUCUACACUUAGAAGAUGUUCUUGAAACUCUCUGAGUCUCAGUGACCUCAUUUGUAAAUGAAAGUGAUUCAUCUAGAUGACCCCUAAGGUCCUUUUCAGAUCGGAGAGGAUGUGAUCUGAGUUAAAAGUGGGAGCUUGGAGAAAAUCCCUUUCUGUCCUUCCUGCAGCAUCACCUAAGCAGUGCCUCUUCUGCUCCGGGCACAUGAUAGUUAGAUUUGUUCCUCUGCUUUACAUUUCAGAAUUUCUUUAGGUUCAAAAUACAAAUUUCAAAUUUUAAAGUCACCUGAAUCAUUUUGAUGUGAUUUUUCUGUGUAUUCUUAGGAUUUUCUUCUCAAUUUCAUCCCAGUCUGCCUUUUUUUAUUAUCUCAAUUUCCAUCAAUCCCUUCCUCUCUAACCCAUAUCUCCAAUAUGUAGUUAGAGGCUGACAACCCCCAGAUUCUGGAUAUGAAUCUAGGCACUAAGAAGUUACUAGUCUGUUACUAGUCUUACUUCUCAUUUCAUUUCCUGUCCUCUGUUUAUUUGAUUUUUUUUUCCCUCUCAUUAGUAAACCAACUAUUUCUUUGCUACAUUUCUAACGUUUAUCUACCAUUUUUCUUUGUCAAAGAGAAUCUCAGUUUAAAAAAAAGAAGGAACAAAAGGAGGCAGAGGGGUAGAAAGAGAAAAAAAUACAAACCAACUGGGAUGUAAGUCACCCUACCUUAUAAGUGACUGAACAAAUCAUUCAAAUUGGACAUGGUAUUCCACUGCAGAGUCUGUCCAUUCUCUAUGGAAGCAGAGGGGAACUAAGAUGAGACUUCAGAGAAGGCACUAGAAACUAACUUGUCUUCAGGGCCAAGCUAAGAUGUUGAGGCUUCAUCUAGAAAGUUAUGGAAAGUCACUAAGCGUUUUAAACAAAGAGUAAUGAAUUGAACCUGUGCAAAAAUGAACCUGUGCAUUUUUAGAUCAUCUGUUUUGAGAAGCCAGUUCUUCCUGGAAGUCAUCAAGAGCAGAUAUGCAGGGCUGAACAUUUUCUCAGCAGCAUGGAGUUCUCAAAGUCAAAGACUCCAACUCAAACAAACUCCAAGUGAAAACACAGCAUGUAAAGUCCUACCUUCCUCAAAUAAGUGUUACUGAUCCUCAUAGCUGUAGAAGCUCCACUGGAAGUAUAGAAGUUGGUUUAAGAGCUGGGAGUUGGGGCAAUGGUAGUGAAUCUAGAAACGAUCCUUUGUGAAAGGAACACUUCAUUUGGACCUCAAUACAAGAAACUUGUAGAGGAGCAGGAAAGAAUGCAGGCAGCUGAGAACUGUUGUAUUAAUUAGUUCGAAGUGGAAGAAGCUGAGCGUUAUCUAAAAAGGCAGGUCUGGCAAUCGAAAGGCAUGGAGGAAAAUGGAGCUGAGAAGAGGGUCACAGCAGGUCCUGUGGGAUCUGGACAUCAGAAGCACAGAGGUAUGUAAGCAGUGUGUCUGGGUCUCUAAAGGAGGAAGGGUAGGUGUGGAGGAUUCUUUGAAGGCAGCAGAAUGUGGCAAUGGCAACUGGACUUUUACGGGCUAAAAGGAAAAAAACGUAGAAGCUGCUGGGAGAGGAGAUCUCAGGUACUCCAGAAUCAGGAAAAUGGGAACUAAUAGAGAUGGAAACGUUAAGAGAAAGAGAGAGUGGAUCAUAUAUGAGGUUGGAAAUGAAAGAGACGGUGACUUGGGAGUAAGAAGUAAAAGGACUCACUUGAAGAGGGCAGGGACAUGGCCUGUUUCACUGUGGAGUCUGUCGGGAUGCCUGGCUCUGGCAGGCAGUCGGGUUGUAGUCUGUGUUACUUUGGAUACCAUAGGUGAGGGAGGUUGCACAGGACUUUUAGGUCAGGGGAACUCCUCCCAGAGCAGGACCCGAAGGAGGGAUCCUGAGGUGUGCUUUCUCUUCUGCCUCCCUGUGCUUGCCCUUCCAUUGCUCCCCAUUCCCACAUCCUGGCGGCUCUGGUUUCAGCGUUGCUAAAACAGACGCGAUAGUCUGUUGCUUUCGUGGCUUUUCUGGGCAUACAGCACGAGGAGAGAGGGUUUUUGACUUGGUGAAACCAACCUUAAUUUCUAGGUGGAUUUCAAAUUUAAAAAGCCUUCCUUUGGUUUGUUUAUCCCCUUGAGGACGUCUGUGUUUCUUCCUCUCCACCUUGCUGCUUGGCAGAGCAGGGACAGAAGUGCCACCAAAGGUCCGCAGCGUGCCUGCCCGGGCCCGCUGCUCAGAAUCUCCGAUGGAAAUGUGCACACGGCAGUGGCACACGCCUGCCAGGGCAAACCGGGGCGUCUGUCGGUGGGAUUCAGGGCCAGUGUGAGAAGGCAGCCGACAGGUUGGGGGAGCCCCGCCAAGGUUGAUGGAGCCCCAUUUCCACACCAAAACAAAGCACCCUGCCCCCCACCCCGCCCCAGAGCAGCCUGCCCCCUUCCCUUCCUUCCACUGAGUACAGCCUGACACAUUGGACCAGAACUGCAACAUUUCAAACAUAAACCAAGGUCGGCCUGGAAAUCCUAAUUAAAAACGUUCCAUUCCCAGGUGGCACAAUCACAUCCUGCGUAAAACUUCUGGCUCACAUCCCACCCCCCAGAUGCUGAAAGGAAAACCGUCCCUCACUUAACACCAAAACCUCCACUCAACGUUUCUUCAGGGGAUAAAGGGAAAAAAAAAAAAAAGUAUGCUUACACAGAGGUCAGCCUACUUGUUCAUUAAGGAAAAAGAGCGUGGCUUAUUCAUCUGUCUUUCAAACGUUUGAUUGUUGGCAUGAUGAUGUUGAUGAUGGUGGAUUACUAGGACCUAACCAAAUCGGAGGAGAGACUAAAUGCUGGUGCUCUGAAAUGAUCUACCCUGUCAUCUGUAACAACCAGUGAUAACUCUCUUGUCUUGUAAAAAGGGUUUGUACAUAACUUGUACAUGGUUUCAUUUUGUAUUUUUCGCAGAUUAAAAAUUUAUGUAUUUGUGUUCUAAA